UGUGUACACGCGCGCGUGAGUCCAUACAUAAGUAGAUUUCAUAUGACCACCUCUCUGCUUCGCCAGCUGAUCUCUCAACCCUCUUUACAUCCUCCCAAUGCCUCAACUUGCCAUAACCGGUGCCUCCGGCAAACUGGGCGGCGCCGUCCUCCACAAUCUCCUUAAAUACAACCUCCUGCCGCCAAACGAGCUUGUUGUCUCGACUUCUUCCAGUGCCGACGACCCGCUCUGGGCUCCCAUUAAAGAGAAGGGCGUCAUUGUUCGCCAGGCCAGUUACGAUGACAGCGAGUCCAUGGAGAAAGCCUUCGCCGGCUGCAAGUGCGUGCUCAUCGUAUCCACUCCCCGCAUAGAAAUGGACUUCGACGACGCGCCCUACGGCAAAGGACGCGAAGCUCACCACUUUGCCGCGAUACGUGCCGCACGCGCAGCUAACGUCCGGCACAUCUACUACACCUCUCUGGGUUUCGGACAGAACAGCAAGAGCGGCGUCAUGGUUGCUCACAACCGCACUGAGGAAUUUCUUCAGAUGCUGUCCGACACCCAUUUCACCAUCAUCCGCGAAGGUCUCUACAACGAAUCCUGGCCGCUUUACCUUGGCCACUACGAUGCCACCAAUGAGGAUGGAAGGCAGGAAGUCCUAGUUGCGGGUGAUGGCCCCAUCAGCUGGGCCGCCAUCGAUGACCUGGGGCUUGCUACGGCCUCUAUCAUUACAGAUGAACAGUCAUCCUGCUCUUCUGGCGUCACUAUUACUCUGGCGAGCACGGGGACCCACACCCUUGAGGAUAUUGCCGCCAUGGUUUCACGUGCCAAGAGUCGCAAUAUCGCGCUCAAGGUCGUGAGCAGGGAAGAGCACGAGCAGUACUACAAAGAACGUGGCAUGGAUCCGCGUUACGUGACCUGGUGGGCCAAGACCUACGCUGCACUCAAGGAAAAUGAGUGCGAAAACCAAGACCGAACUUUCGAGAGGCUCCUUGCCAAGUAUGAAAGGACGCCCAAAUCACUGGAGCAGACGAUCAAUGAGAUGGUGGGAAGCAAGAGAUAGGACACUGCAUCCGUGGGUUUGCUAUUUUCCGCCUUGCAUUUCUGUUCUGGGUUUCAGCGCUGCGGAGUCAGAUUGGCGAAUCGAGCCUUGAACAAGGCUUAAGAGUCUUGACCAUGAGAAUGAUGUAUAACAAGUUGUAUAUCGAAAUCCAGUUCGUUUUUAUUUCCAUUCCCCAGUGGUGUAUUCCAGUUGUGAUAAGUAAAUCAAUGUUAUGAAGGCAGCCUCGCCCAACCUUUCGUGUAGGCCAUUGCCAUAGCUUCAAAAACUACAUCUCAGUCUGGACUCUUGGACUGAUG